AUGCCCUCAAAGACAGACGACAAGUACACCGAUCCAGAGCUUCACAACGUGGUCAAGGAGGAGAUCCAGGCCAGCGAUAAAGGAGGCGCGCCAGGACAGUGGUCUGCUAGAAAGGCGCAAAUGAUGGCUUCGGAGUACAAGAAACGAGGCGGUGACUACACUACGGAAAAGAAAGACGAAAGCGCAAAACACCUCGACCAAUGGACCAAAGAAGAAUGGCAAACGAAAGAAGGCAGUGGUAACGCAAAAGACGCCAAUGGUCUAGAGCACCGCUAUCUGCCAAAGAAAGCUUGGGAGCAGAUGGACGACAAGGAAAAAGAAGCGACAGAUGCGAAGAAGCAGGAGGGAAGCAAAGAGGGCAAACAACACGUUGAGAACACGUCCAAGGCUGCCGAUGCCAAAAAGAAUGCCAGUAAAGACACCAAUGAGUUUUCCAAGAUUGACAAAAAGAGCAUCACGGAUUGCACUACGCACUGGGACGACCCGGAGCACAUGGAAAACAACCAAAAAGAGUACAAGAAGUUCAUGGAAGAGAACCGCAAGUCCAAGAGCACGUCGCCGGAUGAUCGGCCAGGGAAGAAGCGUGGUCAAGGCGCGAAUGCGGAUCUUCCCAGUAAAAAACAGAAGGGUUCAAGUGAGAUCAGCGAUGAGCCGACGGCGCCCACCGGAGAUAAGACACGCGUGCCGCAGAAGGGCCAGAAAGUGCAAUGGCAUUCGGCCCCCGGCUAUAUCAGUGGAGAAGUGGUAGAGGUCUUGUAUGAGGAGAAGGAAGUGGACGGAAAGAAGGUCGAGGCGAGCAAGGAGGACCCAAGGCUGGUCUUGAAGACUGACUCGACGGGCAAGAUCUGUGUGCACAAGCCCGAAGCUGUGUACUUUGACUAG